CACCGGGUUUGGUUGGCAGGACCGACCGACGAAAGCGAAAGACUAACCGAUAGCACAGAAGAACACUCUACGGGGAAGAGUUUUCUUCUCUUCAACUCCACUUUUGUGUCUUUUUGCAGAAGCAGCAAACCAGAAGAAGAAGAGUAAGAACUUGUGUACGGAAGGGAUUGGUGAACUCUAGCUACAUAACCUGAGAUAUCUGCUCUAAAGCAAUGGAUAAAAAUACUACUGCUGAAGAGAAGACGGGUUUAAGGAGUGGUGUCGAGUUGGUGAAAUCUGGUUCAGAUAAGCUUCUGAGACCGUCCGCCAGAUAUACAGUGUCUAAAGCAGAUGCUAGUGAUUUCAGUGACCGUGAAAAAGGUAGAUAUACCCUGAUCAAAGAUUCAGAUGACCACCCUCUAGGAUUGUAUGACAAACCGCUUCCGUGUUUUGGCUGUGGGAUUGGAUGGUUCUCCUUCCUACUUGGAUUUCUGAUACCUCUAAUGUGGUACUACGCGACGAUACUCUACUUCGGGAAUUACUACCGCAAGGACCCAAGGGAAAGAGCUGGUCUUGCUGCCUCUGCCAUUGCUGCUUUGAUAUGUACAGUUGUGUUGAUAGUCACGGCUCUUGUUCUCAGUAUAUUCUGAUAAGAUUUUCCUCGCUCCAACUUUGUCUUUGUUCCUUCUUUCCUUCAUGAGAGAGCAUCCAGAGAGAAGUCAGAUGUAGUGAUACACAUUCCCCUCAUCCAUGUAUUCUUUUACGGUGAGAGAAAAAAACAACAGAGAGGGACUUAAAAAGGUCCCAAGCUUAAUUGAGUUUAUCUGUUCAAAGGUAUAUGUAAAGAUGGUGCAAAUUGUAUAUGCUAAUAAAAUGGCAAUCUUUUGUUAA